AUGCCCGGCCCGCUGAUGAUGGCACAAGCCGCGUCCGCGGCAUGGAAAACCGUCCCCGAAGGCUUCAUGCUGGACUCGCUCCAAACGCACUUCAUGCUGGCUCCCAACCCGGCCAUCCCACUAGUAUACAAGGUCCAACGCAUCGGGAACGGCCGCCGAUUCGCCGUCAGACAAGUCACCAUCGAGCAAGCCGACAAGGUGUUCGUGGCCGUGACGACGUCGUUCGUGAAUAACGCGCCGUGGUCGGGCCGGGCCAUGACGCACGCCGUACCCAUGCAGAUCGCACGGCACGGCGAGCGGAGCGGGUGGAAGAUCACGCUCGAUGACUUCGAGGACAUGCGCACGGAGAAGGGACCGUUCAUGAAGUUUGAGAGGUUGCCGCUUGUUCAUCAAGAUCCCAAGAAUCCUGCCACGACGAUAGCCCCCGUGGUGGCGCAGAUCGAUCCGCCCAUAGCGGCUCCCAGAGGCGCGGCAGCCCAUGUCCUUGCAGUGGUGCACGCGUCCGACUACCAUGUCAUGGACUGUCCGCUGUCCAUCCACGGCGUGCCCCACGGCCUGUGGCCCAUCGGCGACGUGACCAAGACCGCACUCCCGGCGAGCAUGAAGAUCAUGACGAGUCUGAAUCACUCGAUCCAUUUUCACACGCAUGGCGGGUUCCGCGCCGACGAGCUGCUCUACAUCGAGGUGACGUCGCCGUGGGCCAAAGAUGGCCGGGCCAUGAUCAACUCGAGGAUUUUCAGCAGGCAGGGCCUGUUGAUCGCCACCGUGGUGCAGGAGGUAAUUAUGUGGCCCUCCUUCACAGGUUAUUCAACCCGCUGA